UUCUGCACAUCAAAACCAGUCUUCUCAUACAAUUCCUCUAUCUUGACAAGCAUAUAUAUAGGGCACUGCCAUCUAUCUGAAUCCAAUACUAGAAAAGCUCCUUUUUAGCUGCUUUUUGAUUGCUACAAUGGCGAGAUUGGAAGAACUGGUGUUUGGAAAGCCAGUGGUGAUCUUCAGUAGGAGCACUUGUUGCAUGUGCCACACCAUUAAGGCUCUGUUAUUUGAAUUUGGUGUCAACCCCAUUGUUCAUGAGCUUGAUCAGAUGCACCGUGGCCGGGAAAUUGAGCAGGCUCUGAUGAGGCGCGGUUGCCAGCCACCGGUUCCCACGGUGUUCAUCGGCGGUCAGCUGGUGGGAGGAGCUAAUGAGGUCAUGAGUCUUCACCUCAACAGAACCUUGAAACCCAUGCUUCAGCAAGCUGGAGCUUUAUGGGUCUAAUGUCAAGCCAUGGAUUCUGCUAACGAAUGCGUCUUACUUGCAUAAAGUGUUACUGGGGUUUGGUUUUUAGUAGCGUCCUGGGGCUGCUUAGCCAUAAUGACACAGCUAAAUAAUGGGUAAUUACUACUGCCUUCUUGUAAUGAAUCAAUCGGAGUUUUUGCUAAUAAAGCUGAGUUUAUGAUAAGUCUUAAAUUUAUCAUCAUCA